GUGGAUCCUGGCCCCUUGUUUCGGAGGGCAGCAGUCAUGUGACGGGCUUGGUGCGCUGUGAUGGAAUGCCAAGAUGGAACUAUAACAAGGACAAUAUUUUCUUUUUUAUUACCCAAAACAGCCUCUUCUUCAUAUCGAUCCAGUUUUGAGCACCCGAUUAGUAUGAAGAACCUCGACGGAUCUAAAUUUUAGAAGCUUAGAACUCAGAAGACAGGCGAUAUUUUAAGGUGAACGGUGUAUAUCAUUCCCUAUUUGACAGCAUUUCGGAUUCACCUGCCUUGAGAUAGUGGAUUCCUCCAACUGGAUGUAAACAAAUGGUCUCAGUAAAUGAGAAAGAAGUGCUAACUGUUGGUAAUGACUCAUUAAGGGCUUCGGAAGGGGCGUCUCAGGCCAACACCUACAAGAGGGUUGCUCGGAUUCUUGGGGACGGUGACCUUGUGACAGCAGGUGCAAGAAGCGAGAUCAGCAAGGGCUCCAGGUCGACUUCCAGCUCUAGUCCAGUAUCACAUGAUGUGGAGGAGCAGAAAAGGUCGCUACACCUCCGUGUCACCUCUGCGGUGGUUGCAGAGGAUAGGUCCGGUGAAGACCCGACACCCUCCCUACCAGACUUUGUGUCCAGGCUCCCCAGUAACUUCUCUCCAACCCUGGAAGAGAUAGAGGAGUUUCUGAAGGAGAAGAUGGAGCUGGCCAAGGAUGGCCUCUUAGAUGCAAACAAUCAGGAAGAGAUCUGCCCCCCUGAGGAAUUGCCCUCCCCCAGCAGUCUGGAUUCUGCCCCAGCUGUACCUCCUUUGAAUGCCAUGGGCACGAGCACAAGCACUACCUCACCUCCAGUACUCAUGGGGACCCCCUUUGUUCUUCAGCUUCAUACCCUGCAACUUGCCCACCAACCUUUCCAGCAUACCCCUGACAGUGGGGCCCUCAGGGUGGCCCACCUGGUUCUUGGUGUCCAUGGCAGCCCGAAUAUCACCCUGCUGCCACAGGUUUCACCCACAGCACUUGUGCCUGUGGUGAGUGAGGCAAGCGGCCAGGACCAAAAGUACGUAAAGAUUGCCCCCCUUCCCAUCUCCAUCAGGACAGUGGGGGUUACGACAGGUGGCCUUGUCAAAGCCAUCCCCCCACAGGCAGCCAAAGGUGCUCCAGAGAUGCUGCGUGUGCACAAGUGCUCACACCCAGGCUGUGAGAAGAUGUACACCAAGAGCAGCCACCUGAAGGCACAUUUCCGCAGGCAUACUGGAGAGAAGCCUUACACGUGUAGCUGGCCGGACUGUGGCUGGAAGUUCUCUCGAUCGGACGAGCUGUCCCGCCACCGUCGCUCCCACUCAGGCGUAAAGCCCUACAAGUGCCUGCUCUGUGACAAGAAGUUUGCCCGCAGCGAUCACCUUUCCAAGCACACUAAGGUGCAUCGCAGUCCAAGAGCUGGCCGCCUUAUUCGAGCCACAUGCUGACCCACCUCACCCCAACGAGUGGUGAAACGGUGGUGCUUGGAGAAACACCAGCACAGUUUUUCUCACAGCAUUUCUCCCACUCUUAAUUUACCCCAUGGGUUGGCUUUCCUUGGCACCUUAACACAGUUGCUGUCAACCAUUUCCUGUUGGAGCAGCCGGUGUAACAGUAACAGAUCCCCUUUCUGUCCUCUCAGGUGAUAGAUGCAGAAAAGCUAUUGUACACUUUGUUUUCAGUUGUUGAUGUUGAUGUGGUGGUGUCUGAAAUGAAAGUAGCGCCGACUGCUUGAGUGGUACAAAGAAUAAUGGCCACAAUAGUGCCUUCGCAUUAGUUUAGAAGAAGUGACAGUAUGAGAAUGUUGUUCUUUCACAUAUUCCAUUGUUUCCAUACAAUGCUGCAACAACAGUAUUUAAUGAUUGUAAAUUGGUAAUGAUUGAAAAGGUAAGGUAUCAUUUCUGUUGACAUAAAGCUACCUAGAUUAUUUAACUGAGUAUAAAUUUGAGCAAGUAAAGCCUUACUGUCUCAGAAGUACUGUGUAUAGGUCAAACCUGAGAAUGUUUCAUAAAGGGAAAAUGCAUAUACAUACAUAAUAACUUUCACACGAUCACUGUUACUCUGCAUUUUCAAGAAGAAUAUAAUGAGCUUUCUGUACUGCUGGAAUUUUGAAAUUAACCUGUUGGCAUGAGGUUUUUGUCAAAGCAAUGUAGGGCAUGUUUGUUAAAGUGCAGUGCUCCCUGGCUGAAUUGUAUUGCAGAUGACAAAAUGUUACAGAGAGUCUUGAGAUCUGUGAAGGAAUGGUGCAGACCACCAUCAUAAAUAAUCACACCUGUAUUAUUGUAUAAUAUAUUACAGUAUAUGGUAUGCAUGGUUAAAAGCCAUAAGUAAUCAUCUUAUAUAGCAGUAGGAUCACAUGGAGGGUAUUGUAGCGGUUGGGGCUGUUGUCUAGCAGUUUGAAGGUCUCAGGUUUGAAUCGCCACCCUUGAUCCUUUAGUACUAAUGCACUCCUAAAACAAUGACAACAUACUUUUGGCUCAGUUUCGUCCUGUCCUGUUCUCCUCUCAUCCAAAACUAUGUUGGCCCAAUUGAAUUACACAAAACCAAAUUUGUGAUUAAAAAAAUGUUGAGACGAAUGCAGAGACCUCUAUGUGCUGCCACUCUGGGGUGAGAUUCAGCCAACAGCAGUGGUAAAAUUGUGCCAGGUCAAAUGAUCAAGUAAUUGUGAAGCCAUUAUUUUGAGAGCCGUUGUGAUCCUGCAUGUCAGCAUGCUGGAAAAACAAACCAUUUCUGUUUAUCAGCCGGAAUCGAUGCAGCACAUACAGAGAAGAGAAGGUAUAGGUUACUCAAGUCACUUUGAUGGUCCUUAUUAUCCUGAGGGCAAUCUAGGAAACUAUUGCUCUGGAAAAGAUCUAUGUGAAGAUCCAAAAUCAUUUGGUCAUAACCCUUGAAACAGCCCAGAGCAUAGCUUUAAGAGCCGUCCUCUUUCAGGUGACACUCCAUUGCAACAUCCCAAUUUUGUAAAUAUUUAUUGGUGCCUUUUCAAAAACCAAGAGGUUCAGCCGCCCAGAAGAGCAGCGUGACUUUGUGUUAGUAAAAUAUAGGUUAUGUGUUUUGAAAUAACAGAAAAAACAGGAAAAAAACACUAUUUUCCUGUGUGUA